AUGGGACCCCCUGCCCACCUGGUGACAGGUAAGGUAGGUGCUGAGAAAUGGCACAAGGAGACCCUUGCAAAAGUGCGACAGACCGGCAGCCUGACAAAGCGCUGUGGAAAGGAAGCCCUUGACCUUUGGUGUCCAGUCUCACAUCCCGACCAGCCUGAGGAGACACCAUACGAACGCAAGGUUAGGAAAGAUGCCUGGAAGUUCAAGUUAGAUGUCUUAGCAACUGGAGAGGUAAAGACGAAGCCCCCAGAAGGGCCAGGGGUGACUCUGUGGAAGAGCAAAGUCAAACCUCCCCCUUGGAUCUCUAAAAUAGCCUUGCCUUGCUGCCGAGACUUCAGUACCCUGAAGAACAAUGAAUAUGUGGCCCAAUAUUUCAGGGAAACACGGCUGGUGGUGAGCCGUCUGCGCCAGGCCAUCAUUGAAAUCAAUGAGCAGUACAAAAGGCUGAUGCACCUGAGAGAGGAGCUUGACUUAAUGCUGGAUAAAAUUCGACAGGGUCUCAUAACCAACAGACAAAGCCAAGCAAUCCGGGAACACCGGCCGGAAUCAGAGAAGAUACCAGACAAGGUGGAUGGGUUGAUGAAAUGGGAGCGGGCGGAGUUCCUGAAAUUGAAAGCCAAGCUGGAAAAAAUGAUGGCAACGUCAGGAGAUCAUCUUAAGGCAUUGGGCAAAUGCAGGGAAAACCUGAACACCUUGUGUGGCGAACGUGGCCAGGUGCUGGACCUUGUUCCUCAGCCUUUGCGGAUGGUUCUUUUAGGGGCAGGGCGAGACUCCUGGCUUGGGCUGAGCCGACCUUCAUCCCCCUGGGUGGAGCGUAAUGAGACACCCAUCCCUGAUCCUGUCGGACCCUUCACACCAGAGUGUGCUGCAGCUGUAGAAGAGUGCCGGCGCCUCACCUUCCUCACCAAGGAUGUAUUAGUUGAGGUGCAAAAGGCUAUUGACGAGGCACAGGAAAUUCGAAAUACUACUCACUGCUUCAUUGAUCUCAGCCUGCAAGGCAAAAGAGAAGAGACACUCACUCACAAGGAGCGGCUGGACAUGACUCUGGCAGGCACACGUAGCACCCUGCACCGCUGCAAACGUUUUCAGCAUGAGAUGUGUAUCACCCGGGGAAUGGCUUUGGGCCCUGUGAGUAGCAAGUAUCUUGAAACACGGGAGAAGUUGACACGGCCAAUGGUGAAGGUGUUCCAAAGGCAUGUGGGGACGCAGCUCCCUGAAGCUGCAAUCCUCAACCAGUCCACUGCACAGUUAGAUCGCUCCAUAGCAGAUACAGAUGAGAAUAUUGCACACCUAAAAGCCACCCGACGUUACUUGCGAGAGUGCAUUCAUGAUAAGCAGACGGGCUAUGAAGUUGAUGGCAGUAUUAAGCGGCUACGGGAGCGCCGCAUGCACCCUCAUACCACCAUGAAAGAGACUCUUGAGCUGGUCUACACCUAACAUGGCAAAUGAACAGAGAGCAUUAAAAAUAAAAAAAUUGGACACCCCA